CCCAGGAAGUCGCCUCCAUUCUCACGUGCAAAGCUCCCUCGGGCACGUCGGAGCCGGCGGUCGGUCGGCUGGCGCGGUCGGUUGGCAGUCCGCUACCCCCUCGGAUCCCCCCUCUUCUCCGGGCUAUAUGUGGCGCCUGGAAGCUCCCAAUGUUUUCCAUAUUUGUGCAGCCUCCGCGAGUCAAAUGCCAGAGACGCGUCGGCCGGCAGACCCGAAGGAGAGGCGCGCCUGCCCGCCCGCCGCCGGCCUGGUUCUUUGGAGUCCUCCCGGCAGCUGAGCAGCAUGGGCAAAGAAGAGACGGCGGCCGGGGCGGCCCCUCGGCCGGCCGGGCCGGAGGGAAGCGGCGAGCGCGGAGGAGCAGCCCGGCAGGCGAAGGAGAGCCACGGGGAUCCGCGCCCGUGCUGCGGCUGCCGCUUCCCGCUGCUGGCGGCUCUGGGGCAGCUGGCUCUGGGCGCCGCGGUGGCGGUGCUGGGCUUCCUCAUGGCCGGCGUCAGCUCGUCGCUGCUGGUCAGAGACACGCCGUACUGGGCGGGCCUCCUCGUCUGCGUGGUGGCCUUAUUGGGACUAGUGAUGCUAUGUGUUUCUUACCAACCGGAUGAGAAGACCUGCAUACAGUUUGCCAUCAAGGUUGCAUACUUUCUGCUGAGCGCUCUGAGUCUGAUUGUCUGUGUUUUGGCAGUAGCUUUUGCUGCCUACUGUUAUUCACAGAUCACACAGUUUACCUGUGAAACCAUCACUGAGGCCUGUCAGUGUAAACUGGAAACAGUGGAUCCCCUCAGCAGAACCUUCAUGUACAAGAAUGUAUCCGACUGUACCGACAUCACCAAUACUUUCAACCUUUACUUGCUGAUCCAGAUAGUGCUUAACCUCCUUGCAGCAAUUGUGGGCUUCACAGUGUGUUUUGUGAUGUGGAAAGACAGAUACCAGGUCUUUUAUGUAGGCAUCUGGCUACAAUCAUUAACUACUACUGAAGUCCAACAACAGAAAGUAUAGGCAUCCAGGCUGUGUUGAGAAGAUCAUCAUCAUCCCACCACCCAAUGGAUGGCUGUUCAUAAAGCUGGGGAACGGAGAGAGAAUUUGCUCAAUUAAUAUUAUUGGUUCAGAGAAAUUAUGUGAAAUUUCUAUAAUAAUAGUUACCAGACCCUCUGCCACAUCUCCUAGGUGCACCAAGGAGAUCCCUGCCUGUUUCCCUUUCUAGAUCAGGAACUGCAGGCACUAUUUUCCUAUACAUUGAAAUGUGGAUGUCAUCUAUCCGUAUUGCUUUCAUUACACAUUCCCCAUCUACUUUCUGGUGCAACUAGUCAUGGGCAAAUACUUUUUUAAAAGUGCAAGUCAAGUUGGCUUGGAGUAGUUAUGUUUUCAGGUUAUGCUUAAGGUUACUGAGCCAAGAGGUAACUACUGCACUUACCUCUAGGUAGCAGUAGCUCAGGGGGGCUACUUCUAGUGUACCAUGAGGCAAGUACCCCAGGAUUAAAUGCCAAAAAGGCAAGCCCCAUACAGUGGUACCUUGGGUUAAGAAUUUGUUCUGGAGGUCCGUUCUUUACCUGAAACUGUUCUUAACCUGAGGUACCACUUUAGCUAAUGGGGCCUCCUGCUGCCACCAUGCGAUUUCUGUUCUCAUCCUGAAGCAAAGUUCUUAACCCAAGGUACUAUUUCUGGGUUAGCGGAGUCUGUAACCUGAAGCGUAUGUAACCCGAGGUACCACUGUAUAUGUUUUUAAUCUGAUCCUUCCUCCAAGGAGCAAAAGGUGGCACAAUGCAGCCUCUCUCACAGCGAUAUGCAGUUAAGUUUUUUUCAGAUUACACCCAUGAAUAUGGUUAAGGCCAUUGAUUAACCCGAGGUACGAUUUCUGGGUUAGCAGAGUCUGUAACCUGAAGCGUAUGUAACCUGAAGCAUAUGUAACCCAAGGUACCACUGUAUACCCUUUCCCCCAAUAUAUGUUUUUACACAGAUGGAUUUUCAUAGAAUAGCAGCUUGGUUGGCCUGUCCUCCUUGGUUGCUCAAAAUAACAUGCAUAUCUUCUGCUGAAAUGGUCAGGUCAAACUGUGUGGUCAUGUACAAUUGUGGGCAUAGACCCAUCCCAUUAUGCUUUGCCAGCGUGGAACAUAGCCAUGGAGUGUGUCCUAAGAGCUUGGAUGGAGGAUAGAUACAGUGCAACGUGUAAACCAGACUUAUUAUGAAAGGAAGUUUCUAGAAAGUGGUUCCCUAGCCUUAAAUCUGUUCCUAUAGAUCCAGGUAGCCUGGAGUCCAGGUUAUGGUCACUCAGUACCUCUAAAUGUUGAAUGUGUAUGAUCAUAUGUGACCUUCAGUAACACAAGACAGUGAUGCCACUCCUGUGGUAAUCCACUUUAUCUAAACUAUUGUAGUUGUCCAGCCCAUUUGAAUGAUGGUAUACUUUACAUUAAUCCAGGGCCACAUAUUUUAAUUUACACUUAAAAUAUCAUCAUGCUAAAACAAUAUAUUCAAAAUCAGUCAUUGGGCACCAUUCAGAUUUUUUAUUAUUAAAUGCAGCAGAAACUUGCUUAAGUAUCUUGAUCCCACCGAAACUAACGGCAAAGAUUCAAUUGACUUACCAGAUCUAGACUGUAUUUUAACCCCCUGUGAAAACAACAAAACUAGGAACACUGCCAAUAGGAGUUAAAGCACAUUUAUAUUGUCUCUGGAUUGCACCCUUCACCUCCUGUCCUCCCCAACAGAGGCACCAACUUGAGCAGAAGAUUGCGGGCACCAAUGAUGUGUGGGAUGCCGGGAAGAGCCAGGGGGCAGAGCCAAAUGCUGUGGGAUCACUGCUUCUUUGGCGCUUGGCCUAUUCCUCCCACCCACCCCACCCACUGGCCGGGAGCUGCUUUCCCCCUCCACAGAAGGAAGAGGAGGAGGAAGAGCUGCCAGCAGCUGAAACCAGGCCACACCAUAGUUGGCUCCGUAAUAGGCCUUCUCUGACCCUGACUGUCCUCACAUUGAGGGGGGCAAUAUUUUAUGGGAGGACAAAGGGACCUGAGCCCCUUAAGAGUCAGCACCUAAGAGUGUUAAUAAAUGACAUUGACAUAAAUGUUAAUACUUAAGAAAGGUAUUUAAGAAUUGUGUCACACAAAUCCAUAGCAGAUGAGAGCAUAAGCUUCUCUUCUGUCCAUUUACCUUGUUCCAAAACUGCUU